AUGACGGCACUUCCCUGUGCGGUUGAGGCGCAGGCGUCGGGAGCCUGCCAGGUGCGUCUGCCUGUGGCAGGUGACUCCGGCAGCCCGGGAAGUGUCCCCGCCCCACAAGACGGUCUCUCCGUCCCCCGUGGGGCCGCUGCUUCCGCCGUUCCGUCAGACAGCUCCCUCGCGCCUUCUUCCCUCGGCGGGCACCUUCGCUCCCUCAACGCUCCUCUCUCGACACCUCUCGCGGCGAGGGCGCCUCUUUGGUGUCCGGCGCUCGCGGCAGGAGACGCAGAGCGAGCGAAUGUGCGAAGGAAAGAACCGCCUCGAGCAGCGAGGGAGAGGCCGGAGAUCGAGGAGGCAGGGGAAGCAGAGGACGCGGGGAAGGAAGGGACUGGAGAGGUGCGCAGUUCUUUUCCUCCAGCCCGCGGGGAAGAGGCAUGCACGCCGCGACUCGGGCAGAUGCUGGGCUCCCUCCCCACGCCGACCUUUUCACUCCCCACACAACGAGGACUCCCGCAGUCUCUCCUGCCUCCACACUUGCGUAGGGAAUUGAGCGAGUUGCGCAUCCUUGACAUUCCGGCAGGCGAGGCGCUUCUCCUUCUGCCCGUGUACGAGCAGUGGUGGAACUCCGUCGCGGGUGUCUCACGAGGCGAGGCGCGAGAGGCGGACGCACAAGUCAGGGCGCGACUCUGCAUGCGCUGCCGCUCGCGCGAAGCAGAGGACGUUUCCGCGGACGACCUAGCCAGUGGAACGCCGAUCAGUUCCGUGCCGGUCCUCCGUCCCUCUUCGCCUGCUCGCGUUUUCUCUUCGGGCCAGCCAGGCGUCUCAGUGGCAGGGGCCUCGCCGUCGGAGUCGGCGCGGGGCGAGGCAGCCGAGGCGAAGGGAGACGCGAAGGCGCAGGACGCAGACCGCGCAAAGCGACGGCGAGUGUCGGGCUGCGGCACGGCCACCUCGGAACUCGGCUCGUGUGCGGCGGCUGCUUCCCCGGCGUCUACGAAUGGAGUGAAGGGGGAAGAAGCGUUCGCAACGCGAAACCCCUCUUUCACGCAACAGGUCGCCUCUUCCUCCCCUUCAUCUCCUCUGUCUUGCGCCUCCAGUUCGGCCUUGCCGCCCGUGUGCGACUUGGCGGGGUUCGCGCUUCACCUGAUGGCGCGCGACGUGCGGAGUGCCGGCGGAAAUAUUUUCCCGGUGAACCAGAAGGCCUCUCAGCUCCGAGACGGCGCGCAGUCUCCGCGGGCAAAGGUGACUGUGGGGUCCACCGCGGGACGCCAGACUCUCGACGCGCGCCGGCUGGUGUCGCUCGCGCUGCGCAUGCAGGCCCACGUCGUCACGGCGCCCUCGGAGGAAGUGGAGACGCGGGACGCGCCGCCAGAGAAGUCGCAGAACGGGUCCUGGGCGGGCGCACGGAGCGAGAGUGGCGAGGCCGGGGAGGCCGAGACGGAGGGUGCGAAGGCGCUGCAUCGCGUGGCGUCGAAGCGCGAGGUCCGCAUGAUUCUUAACGCGGAGGCUAUGCUGCAGGAGGUGAUAGAGGAACUCCGAGGCGCGCUGAAGGAGGACGCGUGGUGCUCGGGCUGUGGACAGGUGGCAGCGACCGGCAUGUACGUGCACGGAGAGAGGAAGGACGACGACAGCCGUGCCGUCGCUCUUCCCAGCCUGCCCCACGUUCUCGCCAACCUCCAGGGAAGCACGCCGCGAGUGCGCGAGUGCGUCGGCAGGCGCCUCGCGGCCCUUCUGGCUUCGCCGUCCGAUGUGCCGCCGUCUGCGGCGGGCGCAAGUCCUGCACUCGCUGGCGCGGCGUUUGUCAGUGGGGUCUCCGUGGGUGGCUUGGGGAAUGGCGAGACUCUCGCGGAGCGGCGCCGUCUGUUUGCAGCCUCGGUGAACUCUGCGCCGUUGUUUCGCACGCCCUGUUGCGUUCGCUUUCUGCCGCUGCAUCGCGGUGGCCCUCUCGAACUCCUCCACGCGCUGUGUUGUGGCGCCGACGUGAUCCAGGGCGGCGACGCGAGCGCGGACGCGGAGCGCGGCAUCGCCUACAGUUUUGACCCCGAUGUGCUUUUCGAGGAAGAUGUCGAGGAAGCGACUGCAAAAAACUCGCAACGUGGCCAGGACGAAAGCUGGCGCCAGGAGGACGCGAGGAAGGCUCAGGAGAUGCUGGAGAGCGCUGUGGCAGCGGGCUUGGCGAGCCGCUUUCUCCACUUGGACCUGACAUCUGAGGCGUACCGCGACGAUUUCAGGCCGAUCAUGGAGAAGAGACGAGGCGAGAGGUCGGAAGGCGGCUUCGCUUCGCCGAGCGGCUGCAGCGCAGAAGCACGCAACGGACGAGACCAGACGGGAAACGCGGAACAGAAGCGUGGCACGUGCCGCUGGAGCACAGUCCGCGACAGUCGAGCGUACCUCCACCACCUGUUCAACUGCGCGGAGUUGAUGGGACCAGUUCUGCUGCUCCAGCACAACUUCCAGUGUCUCCUCGCGCUCUUCGAAGUCUUCAGGUUCUUCCUGCAACGCGGCCAACUGCAUGUCGCCGUCCGACGGUUCCUCAGCAGGUGCUGCGACGGAAGUCCCCGCGGAGACGGCCGUGCAGCCGACGGUCCUCUGUGA